UCAUGAGAUCUGAAGACGAUUGCGUUGAGAAAUACGAUCUGUGACAUUUGUAGCCAUGCCCGCUCGAUACAUAUUAUUUUUCUUUCAAUACCAAAUGAUGUUUUGAUAACCUUGAAGAAACAAUUUCGACGCCGCGAUAAUUCAUCGACACAUGGUGAAAGCGAUGCCAUGGCAACAUGGAUAGUAAUGUCUUGCUUCGGUUGAAUCGCGGUAAGUUUACACAGAAUCAUCGCAUUUCCUGGGAUAGCGGUGUACAAAAAGAAUAGCAAGGGCGAACGACGCAGCCUGCAAUCCCGACCAUUACUAGGCCUUCGUCAGUCAAAUUCCGUUUUUUUAAAAUCGGGUUUCGUGGACAGAAAGUUUUCCAAUUCGGUCGUACAGCGUUCCACCCCGCUUUGCAAUAUGCCUCGCAGCAUGAUAGCGCAGACAAUGCGCUGUUUUGCGGAACGGGACUCGGCUCCUGCUCUAAAGGGAGAGUGCACCGGUUCAAAUCCAAACCAAUCGCACUCUGGGAGGUACAGGUAGCGACAAUUUUUUCCCUUUGUAGCAGCGGAUUGCGUUAUGUUCCGUAAAGUGUUCCGUCUUUUAAGAUGAAAAAUCUGAUUUAUUAAGUGCUUGGAUAUUUUUCGCUCGCAACAUUCUGUUAAAGUUCCAAUUUUUCGCAUCACAGAUAGCCACUGCAAUUAUAUCUCUGAUUGUCAAUGAAAAAGACUAGAUAAAUUGUCCAAAACUUCUCCACUUAUCCAUCGCUUCAUGUGACAUUCUGAAGAAUGUCGCAGGUCCAAGGAGUCAAAGAAUGAUGGAAAUUGACAUUUCUUUUUGAUAUUUUUUGUGGUUGAGAGGGCUGUACGCACGCACUGUACGUCAGGUGAAGUUGAAUUGUGACACCCAGUGCUACUAGCUAUCAUGAUGUUCAUUUGAGUAAUCGAAAUUUCGCUUCUCUGGUCGGGUUGCAAAUACAGCACGGUGCACGUAAUGAAAUCUAUCGGCUUCUAAAAUCAUUUCAUCACAAAUCGCACACAAAAUAGAAUAUUUCAUGUUGCAAACCAAGUAAUCAUGUCGGUCCCCCAGAAAAAAUAUACAUGUGCCAAAGCCAGCGUUGGUGACGAAGCCGACAUCUUUCGACUUGGUCAUGGCAUGCUUGAUAUCGCCCAGUUUGUCUAUACCUUCAAUACCAUUCGCGAUAUCGUUCCAGUUUGUCUAUACCUUCAAUACCAUUCGCGAUAUCGUUCGGAUUCACGAUCCAAACGUCAAGGAUUCCAAGUACGAAGAAUCAGCCUCCGGGAGAGGGUUUUUUGAUUGGUUUGGUCCACCUCCACCAAAACAAGUGGAGUUCAAGAAUCCAGAGUUGAUCAUCACCGACAGUGGUAUGCAACAGAAACAUCCAGAUCGCAAUUUCUCGUAUUCUGUGACUCCCGAAGCGAUUAUGAAGUUUUUCAGCUUAGACAACGAAUUUAAUCGCAAAUAUUUCAAGCUAGACGGAGGCGAUAUCAAAUUCGAUGAAUCAGAAUCCUUGGAUAACACUGAUUUCGAAUUCUUGCGUGAUAUGCAGAUGAACAUCGACCUGAAACAGGAUGUUGAGAUCAUUGACUACGUGAGUGUAUGGUGGUACCGUCACGUAUUCAGUAACAUGAUGAUAAUUGUUCAGUGUUGGUAACUUUUUGACGAGAAAUUUUGACACACGACCUUACAUCCGUUGUUGUUGCCUCUCGAAAUUAUUUCAGGAUGACGCGUUCAGCACGUCAGAAGGUGGCUUGACUUGUGGGUUGCUUGUGAAUCACACAAAAAAAUGGCUCUGCGUGGUAUUUCGUGGCACGAUCGGGACCAAAGAUUGGGGUCACAAUCUGAAUUUCGAUCUUAAUCACAAAGAUAUGUUCCCUGAUCACGCCGCUUUCACGGGAGCUGACGAGGAUAAACCCGCGACACAUACAGGUUUUACGGAUUAUCUUGUCACACCACGUCCACUCGAUCCGAAUGAAAAAUCGUACUUGAAACGUCUCGUAUCGUCUAUUGAUUGGGCCUUCGACCCGGAUGAUAAACUUGACGACGAAGCUACGAACCCCAAACCCAAGAUCACGAAGGAAUAUGGCAUUUACGUCACCGGACAUAGUUUAGGUGGCGGCCUUGCAAAUCUUUUUUCUUACCACUUKGCGGAUUUGAAAAGCAGAAAUGACCCCAGUGCGCAGCACAUUCCUAGUCAGAUUAAAGCAAUUACGUUUGCUGCUCCCCUCAUUGGAAACGAAGCAUUCGGUAAGAAAUAUCAGGAGCUAGAAAAGAAAGGAUUCCUACGACACAUCAGGGUUUCAAACGAUGGAGAUGUGGUGCCAGGGAUAGUUCCAGGUUGGAUCAAGUGGGUCCCUGUCAUUGGGAAACACUGUAAAUUGGACGAUGCUCACAAAUUUAGAGCGAACGGAGUCAAUUUAUCUUUUGCUGAAAAGGGCAUCCUUGAACUUGGCUACGGUGCCUCUGCGACGCAUACCGCCAUGUCACAGUUCAAUAUAAAUGCUUUGUCCAUCCAUGGUCUAGAUGUUUACCAAAGCCGAUUGGAGGAAGCAGAAGAGAAAUAUCCUUCCAACAAGACCGUUGAACAGAUUUACAAGGAAGAAGCCGGCGAUUUCACCGGGUAGAACCCCUGGUGUCUUCGCACGCCAAGGUCCCCUUUCUAUGUUUUAGUCAUACUCGUUCUUACUCCCAAUAAGGAUUGUCUCCAAGCUUUUUUCCUAAACACUAUUUGCGAAGCCAACGGAGUAAGGUAUUUUCGUCUUCCUCUGGUUGCAACAGCCGAGUCAUAUCGGCGAACUAUGAAAUGCUGAAUUUAAAAAUUACAUUAGUCUGAUUGUUAUACCCCUGAAUAUAGUAGCAUCGCAGUU